AUGAUCUCAGUCCCACAACGAUGAUGUCUGAGGGAACCCGGAACAUUCUGGAGGUCAUGAAAGCCCGCGGAAUCCGCAAAGUUAUUGCAUGCAUGUCAGUGUUCCUCCUGUGGGAUCUUGCCAAAGUUCCUCCUCGCCUGGUGCCGGUCACUGAAGAUCAUGACCGAAUGUACACUGUCCUGAAACAGUCAGGAUUGGACUAUGUAGCUGUCAUGCCUCCGCAUAUUGCUGGUGACAAACCUCUGACAGAAAAAUACACUGUGACUGAGAACAUGUUAAAAGGAAGAGUCAUCUCCAAAUAUGACCUGGGCCAUUUCUUUGUCAAGUGCCUUUCCACUUCUGAAUGGGAUGGAAAGACGGUUGGAGUUUGUGGAGAAUAUAGUUAAUGUACUCAGAGGCACUUAGUAAUUGUUGGUUUAUUUAGUACUGACCAAAAUGACUUUAUUUUUGCAGCAUCUUUAUUUUUUGUUACUCACGCCAUUGUAGAAGUGCUUUACUCCCAAUCAGCCAUGAUAAAUUUUGCAACCAAAUGUGUCAAAUAACAGAGAAACUUUUUUAAAGUUACGGAUUGCUCCUAUAAAAUGCUUUUAUUGUGUUUUUUUUUUAUAAA